AUGAUCGAGCAGCAGGCAACUAAUAGCACCGACCAACAGCCCAUGGAGCCUCCAUCCCUUGAAAUAAUGCUUCUUCAUCACCUCAUGAUAAUCCUGAUCACUCUAUUUGGAAAUACGCUUCUAAUAUAUGUGAUCUUCAAGAACAACAAGGUUUUACGACGAAAACGAGUUACACCCGUUCAAAUGCUAAUGCUGCACAUGUGUGCUGCGGACAUCUUGUUUGCUUUGAUCUCUGUCGGUCCCACUAUGGCAAUUACUGCUACAGUACCGGUUUUCUAUGGACCUAAUUGGUUAUGCAAGUUCACAAAGUUUUUGCAAGUCAUUCCGAUGUAUGCCUCCUCAUUCCUCUUAGUCGCAAUCAGUGCCGAUCGUUACCAGGCUAUCUGUCGUCCAUUGGCAUCCAUGAAAUCAUCUGCCUAUAAUCGACCUUCCCUGUAUUCUGCUAUAGCAUGGACUGUUGCCAUUCUAUUCAGUACUCCUCAACUUUAUCUCUUCGAGAAACGCGAUGAAGAUUGUCAUGAAAACUACACAGAUGCUUACCAAUAUCCUCUAUAUGUCUGUUUAUUCAAUUCAGUUGUCUGGUUGUUGCCUAGUGCAAUUGCUGGAUAUCUUUACUUCUGUGUCUGUAAAGCAGUAUGGAAGAGCACUUCGUCCAGUGCCACAAUGCAGUGCGUAGAGUUGGACCGUCGACGUGUCCAAACAGUGAAGUUGACUCUAACCAUUGUCGCAGCAAAUUUCGUUCUGUGGGCACCCUUUUGUAUUACUUCCGUCAUCGAUUCUCUCUGGCCAUCAGCUAUUAAUUCAACGUUCGCCACCUACAUCAUGUUCUUUGGAAACCUCAACAGUUGUAUGAAUCCUUGGCUGUGGUUCUAUUUCAACCGAAAUCAGCUCCGUCGAGCAUGUCCUUGCCGCAAGUCCUCGGAGCCCUUGAUUCAAUCGUUAGUUUAUGUACAUGUGUUGAACAGUGAGCACAGCGAUUUGUGA